AUGGCUAAUUCCUAUCUCAUUUCCUUCCUACCACUCAUACUAGUUUCGAUCACUUUAGCGUCAAUAAGUGGUGGGAUGAUCAGUGCUGAGGCACGUAAUCUUUUGGAGAUACCCGAGGUUCCAAAGCUUGAACUUCCGGAGAUUCCGAAGCCCACACUUCCUGAGCUUCCGAAGCCCACACUUCCUGAGAUUCCGAAACCCACACUUCCUGAGAUUCCGAAGCCCACAAUUCCUGAGAUUCCGAAGCCCACACUUCCUGAGAUUCCAAAACCCACAAUUCCUGAGAUUCCGAAGCCCACCCUUCCAGAGAUUCCAAAACCCACUGUUCCUGAGAUUCCAAAGCCAACACUUCCUGAGAUUCCGAAGCCCACAAUUCCUGAGAUUCCAAAACCCACUGUUCCUGAGAUUCCGAAGCCCACACUUCCUGAUAUCCCAAAACCCACUGUUCCUGAAAUUCAGAAGCCCACAGUUCCAGAGAUCCCGAAGCCUACAGUUCCUGAAAUUCCGAAACCCGCACUUCCUGAGCUUCCAAAGUCGGAUUUUCCUACUUUGCCCAAACUAGAAGUACCAAAGGUGCCAGAAAUCCAUGACCUUCCUAAGCCCACCUUGCCAACCAUUCCUGAGUUGCCCAAAGACUUCCCCAUCCCUUCCUUACCCCAUCCUUAAAGAAAUGCUUUUUAAUUUGUGAAAGCAUGUGAUUGUUCACUUCACUGCUACAACUAUUAUUAAAGAAAACUUCAUGAUCAGUCCAGAGGGUACCAUGAAAGAUUGAAUGAUUAAUUAUUUUUAUUUUUAUUUUUAUUUUCUCCAUUGUUGUGUUAUAUUGUGAUUGACUUAUGUACCUCAUUCCUUUGUGAAGAUAUACUACACAUAGAUUGUUGAAUCA